UGGCCGUAGUUUGUGAUAAGUAUUUUGUACCUGCCGUCGAGAUGAUAUGCCAAGCACUAAACAUGUCCAACGACGUGGCGGGCGCAACGUUUAUGGCGGCGGCCACCUCGGCCCCGGAGCUGUUCGUCAACGUGAUAGGCACGUUCAUCACGGAGGGCGACCUGGGCGUCGGAACCAUCGUCGGGUCGGCCGUCUUCAACAUCCUGGCGGUGGCCGCCUGCUGCGGCAUCGGUGCCGGGAUGGUAGUCCCGCUCGACUGGUGGCCGCUGACGCGGGACUGCCUGGCGUACGGGAUCACGGUGGCCAUCCUGAUUUGCAUCAUCCACGACGAGCGGGUCGAAUGGUACGAGGCGCUCAUACUGGUGCUGCUGUACAUCGUCUACAUUGCCGUCAUGUACUACGACAAGUCGUUCCAGAAGUGCGCCAGAGAGGCAAUUGAGGCGCGCGUACCGCUGCGCAUCGGACAUUUCCAGCAGAACGGCAACUUGAAGAGUGGCGUCGCCCAUGCGGAUGCAGCAGCGGCCGAAUUGACGUCAGCAGCGUCGGCCUCCGGGGCUUCCGUGGCGGCGGUUGAAGUGGAGAUGCAAAUUAAGCCAUCGAGCGCGGUACCGAUCGAGCCGGAGUCGGUCGAGCAGGAAACCGUAGCCAUGGGCGCAGCUGAGGGAGUGCCGGAAAGGCCACCACCACCUCCGAGCCCGGUCACACCACCCGCCACGAACCACGAGAACCGGCCGGACGGCAAAGGCGGACCGGCAGACGCUGGACCCGGACCUGCGGCCGAAGCGGUGGUGCGGGCUCUCGAGAGCGGCACCGUCCUGACCGCCAGCUCGACGCAGGACCUACAGCCGGCCACGGCAAACGGCAUCAACGGGGAGCCCAGCGACCCACCGGCCGAUGGCGACGACGACGACGAGGAAUUUAGGUUGCUCAGGUAUCCGUUCGGCAAGAGCGCGUUCCGGCAGUUCUCGUGGAUCAUCACCUGGCCGAUCCAUCUGCUGUUCAUGUUCACCAUUCCGAACUGCGAGAAGCCCCGCUUCCGGACCUGGUUUCCGCUCACGUUCACCAUGUGCAUCGUCUGGAUUGGCUCCCUCUCGUACGUGGUCGCCUGGAUGAUCACCAUUAUCGGCGAUACGCUGAAGAUACCGGACUCCGUAAUGGGCAUCACGUUUUUGGCGGCGGGCACCAGCGUUCCGGAGGCCGUCUCCAGCGUUAUAGUGGCGAAGCAGGGGCACGGCUCAAUGGGCAUCAGCAACUCGAUCGGCUCGAACACGUUCGACAUUCUGCUGUGCCUCGGGUUGCCGUGGUUCAUCAAGGCGGCCUUCUCGCCGAUCGAACCGGGCCACCACUGGGUCGGCAUCAACUCGGCCGGCUUGGAGUACUCCGCCAUCUCGCUGCUGUCGACGCUGCUGAUGCUGUACAUCGCGUUCUGGCUGAACAAGUUCAAGCUGGACCGCCGGGUCGGGAACGCCUGCCUCAUCAUGUACGCCGUGUUCCUCAUCCUGGCCAGCCUGAUCGAGCUGAACGUGUUCUUCCGCGUGAACCUGCCAACCUGCGGACGGUGAACUGUGAACGGCCCAGAAGGGGCUCCUUGGCCCCAGACGCACACACGCGGUGCGCACAUCCCGCAGUAGUUUGUAGAGCCACACGCCCUGUAUAGGAUGUCCUUCUCCGCCAAUCUUCUCCUCAUCGCUGCAACUCGGCCGCUGAAGGCGUUACCCGAUACAUCCGAGACAUCUACUACGCGCUCUCUCUCUCUCUCUAUUGUAAGAACGAUCAUCAAUCGGAUCGGUAACAGACCUGGUCGUGGUGCAGCAGGGGCACUCCCGAUCAAGGACCAAAACAUUCCAAAACAGUAUCCUAAGCGAUGUCGGUGCCAAAGGUUUCCGGAAACAGAACUAGACCAUAGUCAUAGGUUUGCGUGUGUGUGUGUCGUUGACUGUUGGCGUUACACCUUCACACCUUCACGUUGUGUCACGCACGCAACACGCACAAACACAGGCCUCUAGCCUCAUGCGUUUCCCGCCAGGGUGCACCGUUUCCUCGCGCACUGAGUGUUAAUCUCUCCAUGUCGCCGCCGGCAGAACACUACAGCGAUAUAGCGAUAUAGACGUAUCGUCGUAGUUUUGAUGGCAUGGACCGGGCCCCAAGUUGUUGCCCGAGAACCAGCUUCCAGCUGUCUGUUUGGCCCCUAUUGUAAAUAUUAUUCUGUAAACGCGUGCGCUCUCUCUCUCUUUCUCUCUGUCUCUCUACUUUGUCUGACGAUUAGCGGUACGGUCACAGUGUGUUACUGGCGCACGAGCAAGUUCCUCCACCUGGCGAGAAAUAAAAUUAAAAAAAUAGAACCCGUACUGUCAGUAGAAGCUUGUUGCUGUCGCAAAAUAGCAGAACCCACAAGGAACCCCAUCACGAGGUAGUGAAAUAAAACUAUA